GAGGCACAUCAGGCUGGGCAGCGGGCGGAGGCACUUCAGGCUGGGCAGCUGGCGGAGGCACAUCAGGCUGGGCAGCGGGCAGAGGCACAUCAGGCUGGGCAGCUGACAGAGGCACAUCAGGCUGGGCAGCGGACAGAGGCACAUCAGGCUGGGCAGCGGACAGAGGCACAUCAGGCUGGGCAGUGGACAGAGGCACAUCAGGCUGGGCAGCAGGCAGAGGCACAUCAGGCGGAGAAGCGGGCACCGGCCAUUGGGCGAGGCAGCGGGCACCGGGCCAUCGGGCCGAGCAGCGGGCACCGAGUCAUCGGGCAGAACAGCGGGCACCGGGUCACCAAGCUCGACAGCGGGCAUCGAGUCACCUGGCACGAAAGCGGGCACCGAGUCAUCUGGCACGACAGCGGGUACCGAGUCAUCUGGCACGACAGCGGGCACGAGUCAUCUGGCAGAACAGCGGGCACCAAGUCACCUGGCUCGACAGCGGGCACCGAGUCAUCUGGCACGACAGCGGGCACCGAGUCACCAGGCACGAAAGCGGGCACCGAGUCAUCUGACACGACAGGGGUACCGAGUAAUCUGGCACGACAGCGGGCACCGAGUCAUCUGGCAGAACAGCGGGCACCGAGUCACCAAGCUCGACAGCGGGCACCGAGUCAUCUGGCUGGAUCGGCGUACACUGAGUCAUCAGGCAUCAGGGCAUCAGGCUGAACAACGG